UUGUAGUUUGACUGAUGCGAGUGCGUUUCGUGUUUUUCGCGAGAGACGACGACAAUUCGCGCUGCUGUCCGAUCUAGUGAUCUUCGCGAUUCCGUGACUUUCGGUACAUUGUUUCUCAUUUACCAUGGAAGCAGACGUUGAUUCAGCAAAUAUAGAAGAUUGUCAAAACAACAGAAAUAAAAAGAAGCCUGGAAUAAGAAAUUUCUUUAGAAACGUUUGGCGUAGAAUAAGAAUGGUGAGCGAUAAAGAUAAUCAAGGAGAAUCAAAUAAUGAUGACGGUCAUCUACACUACUCGGAAUACGAAGAAGAGCAAACACCAAGAUAUAGACCAGACUCUUUGGCAAGCCUUUGUCGAGCGACCAGAUUCACGGAGGCCGAGCUGAAGAGGAUAUAUCGCGGAUUCAAGGCUGAAUGUCCUACGGGAGUCGUCAGAGAGGAAACUUUCAAGUGCAUCUAUUCGCAGUUCUUUCCCCAAGGAGCUAAUACAAGCCAGUAUGCGCAUUACGUUUUUAAUACUUUGGACCAGGAUCACAGCGGGCUUCUCAGCUUCGAGGACUUUGUUACGGGCCUGAGCAUACUAUCUCGUGGCUCGAUAGACGAAAAACUUCGUUGGACGUUUUCUCUUUACGACAUCAACGGAGACGGUUGUAUCACAAGGGAGGAGAUGACGGACAUUGUGACUGCGGUAUAUGAGCUGAUGGGAAAAUUCGCUGAUCCAAACUUGAAUCAUCAAGGCGUACGCGAGAAAGUGGAUCGUAUGUUUCAGAAAAUGGAUGGUAACAGAGAUGGCGUGGUGACGUUGUCCGAAUUCUUAGAGGCUUGUCGAGCAGAUCCGGACAUCUCGACGAACAUGGCAGCUUUGGACACUGCCUUCUGACACUCACCGCGUUCGCAAUAUACAUCGUGGACUUGAAGGGAUCACUCGAUUAGGAAAUAAAUCGCUCAAAUGUUGUACCUUAAUUCCUUGGACCAGAGAAAGGAAAUUUCUCAAGGUGUGUCCUAUCGUUUUGGAGCGACUGAUAUGCGAUUUUUCAAAAUCGAUUGCUUUGAAAGAAGACGACAUUGUGCGAUUUUGCGGGUACUAGCUCAACAAAAUGUACUCAGUGGAAUCUCUAGAUUUGCAAGGAAAAAAUUGCUAUUAGGAAAAAAAAGAAAAAGAAAAGUAUAAAUAAAUAGAAUGUCUCAGCUUGAGAUGUGCGAUUUGAAUGUAAGAAAGAUCUAUAAAAGUGGUUAUUUGUGAUAGACGUAAAAAUUAAACAAAUAUUGGCGUGCUGCCUGACAGAUAAGAUGUUUGUACGAUUAGAUAUCAGAAUUCAGAAUACAAAUAGAGAAGCAGAUUGGAGGCGAUAAUAAGCAAGUUGUUGUAACAAUGGUAAAAUAAUUUUGGUAUUAUGCUUGGAACUUGCUUAGAAGAUGCAAAGUUGUAUGCAAAAUAGCAUGAUAUCUUUUACAAAAAGAGUGUAUGUAAUGAGCCCCCCUCCAAUAACUGUCAAGUGUCGGCAAAGUGGUAAAAAUUUCAUAAAGCUUUAGUAUUAGUCAGUAUGAAAUGGUUAGCGAAUAAACGAGAAUUAGAAAUGGACCUUUGUAUUGAGUGGACCGUUGCAUUGCCGUAAAACACGAAAUGUUUUAGAAUAUAUUUUUAAGAUUUACGCAUGACAUUACUCGCACUGUUUUAUUUCCUUAAUUUUAACUAUAAAGAUUUUAAUUUAGAUGUUAUAGUUGUCUUCACAUAUAAAUACAAGCAAAUAUACAUAUAA